AUGGGAUCCCUCCCCAAGUUGACAUUUGUCAAAUCGAACCCUAUACAAAUCGACGACGAGGACGAGCUGGCUGUGGCUGACACCAUUCCCUGCUCACCGGGCGCUGUCCUCCGCUGCGAUGACCAUACAACACAGCCAACGCAGGUUCUCCAGCGACCAACUCUCGAGCCCUCUUCUCCUUCGAGCAUAGUUGAAGUGCCGGCCUCUUCGCCCUUUCAGCAGCCGCCGAAACGACCAAGCAGCUUUUUCUCGCGGAUGGCACCGGCUGGCACGAGGUUCCAAGCACCGACCCAGAACACCAACACGACCAACAAGCGUCCGGCAGACCCCAUAGACUUGAUUUCCGAGGACGAGUAUGAAGAUGACGAUCUGCCCCCUCUAUCGGACAUUCAACCUACCAAUUUCAAGGCACAUAUUUCGUCCUUUGCAUACGACUCCGGCGACGAUAGGCGACCGGCCACGGGCAAGGCGCUUGCCAUGAAAAACAAGCUGCGUAAAAUAUUUGACGUCUAUGGGGAUCGGUACGCCGUCGGGACUGUGAAAGAGUCGCUGACGGCCUGCGAUGGUGAUGUAGAGGGGGCGAUAGAGUGGCUCGCCAAGUACGGACGGAAUCACUCUACCAAUGCACAGGCGAGUAAGCCUGGGAGGAGACUGGUUAACAAGGCUGCUUUGAACGCCGGGCGACCGACGCCGUCGUCCUCAAGAGGAACGACGCCGCAGCAACAACAGCAGCCCCCGCCCAAGAAGAGGAGACUAAUGCAGGGCCGCAGGAAUCCAACGCCCUCGCCGCGGAAGCCUUCCCCGCAGAGGCUCACGCCGGGUGAACACCCUUCUAGUGACGAUCCCUUGGUUGUCGACCUCGUUGAUAAUGACGAAGGGGACGCUUUCCAGGGCGAGAGAUCGCCCACGCCCGAUGAGAGUAUCACCACUAGGAUUCUCAACUAUAUCAACACAAGCGCACAGAACGAGAUCGCGGCGAUUACGGGAAUCAAGGAGGUUGAUCUUGCACCUGUGAUUGAGAAACGACCUUUCGACAAUGUUCGUCAAGCCAAGAAGGUCCAAGCACCUCAGAAGCCCAACGCGAGGAAGAAGUCUCGGAUCCCUAUUGGCGAGACGAUUGUUGAGAAAAUCGAGGCUUUCCUGCAGGCUGCGGAAGCCAUUGACAAGGUCGUGGCGGCUUGUGAGGUCAAGGCUGCCACAGUCAAGGAGGCUGUCGAUGCAUGGGACAUUAACAGUUUCGGCUAUGACAAGCGUAGCACGCGCAGCACACCGGAACUACCGCCGACGCCAUCCAGUCUGUCAAGCCUGGUCCGUCCGCCGAUUCCCAAGCAACCGGAGUACAUGGAUGGACACUGUUCGAUGAAGCCUUUCCAGCUGUUUGGGUUGAACUGGAUGGCUCUGUUGCAUAAGCUGAACACAGGUUGUAUCCUCGCUGAUGAGAUGGGCUUGGGCAAAACCUGUCAGGUCAUCUCGUUCAUCAGCCAUCUGGUGGAAGAUUGGGAGGACAAGCCGCAAGGCGCGGCGAGUGUGUGCCCCUGGCCCAACCUGGUUGUCGUCCCUCCGAGUACUUACAACAACUGGCUGGCCGAGUUCGAGAAAUUCGCCCCCGACCUGUCCGUCAUUGGCUAUCGUGGCUCGCAAGCAGAGCGUGCUGAGAUUGCAGAAGAUGUCCGAGACUCACCUGAGGACUACCACGUUGUGCUCGCGACCUAUUCGCAGAUCAACAACGAGAUGGACAUUGAGUCGCUCAAUAGAAUUGGGAUGCAUGCAGCCAUCUACGACGAGGGCCACAAAAUGAAGAAUCCGGAGACGAAAAUCUACAAGGACCUCUUGCGGGUGCAGGCGGAUUGGAAGAUGUUGCUCACAGGCACGCCUGUCCAGAACAACCUGUUGGAGAUGACUUCGCUCCUCAAUUUUAUCAAUCCUCAGAUCUUCAAGGGUUGCAUGGAGCAUAUUAAGUACAUCUUCAGCCAAAAGGUCACGAUACGCGACAUCACCAAUGGUGCCUUUUUGUACAGCGAGCGCGUCAAGCGUGCGCGCACCAUCCUGGAACCCUUCAUCUUACAACGGCGCAAAGAUCAGGUUCUCUCCGACAUGCCUGCCAAAGUCAACACGGUCACGCUUUGUGACAUGACCGAAUCCCAAAAGUCCGUUUACGACGGCUACGAAGCAAUCUUCCGCCAGGAGCCGUCACAACGUAAGAUCAAGGGCGGUCGAGGCAACGACAUGAACAACUGCUGGAUGCAGCUGCGCAAAGCAGCAAUCCACCCCCUGCUGUUCCGCAAGCACUUCACAGACGCCAAAGUGGAAAAGAUGGGACGGGUAUUGUUCGAUACUGUCGAUCAGUCCGAACUACGGCAGCCAAACCUUGGCCAUCUGAUCCAAGAACUCAAGAAUCAGUCUGACUUUGAACUACACCUGUGGUGCCGAGACUACCCUCGGCUGAUCAAGAAGUAUGACUACCCACCAGAGGUCGAGUUGGACAGUGGUAAGACCCGCAAGCUGCUUGAGCUUAUCGACCAGUACCAGCAGAAUGGCGAUCGAGUGCUCGUCUUUAGCAAAUUCUCGCGAGUGAUCCAGAUGCUUUGCGAGACGCUGGCAAUGAAGGGCAUCGAUCAUCGCGUGCUGGAUGGGUCUACCAAUGUCGGCGAGCGGCAAGCGAUGAUUGAUGAGUACAACUCGAAUCCAGAGAUCCCCGUCUUCCUCCUCACUACUGGUGCCGGCGGUACCGGCAUCAACCUGACGUCGGCCAAUAAGGUGGUCAUCUUUGACCAAUCCGACAACCCCCAGGACGACAUCCAAGCCGAGAACAGAGCGCACCGUCUUGGACAGAAAAGAGACGUGGAGAUCAUCCGGCUCAUUGCGCGUGGGACUAUAGAGGAGCUCAUCCACAAAGCCUGCCAGAAGAAGAUCGAGCUGGCGAACAAGGUGACAGGCGCCGUGGAGGACCAGACGGACGCCGAAGCGGCCAAGAACAUGGAGCAAGAGGUACGCCGGAUGAUGGAGCUGACACCACCAUAG